GGCAAAAGAAAAAGUGUCUGGCAACUCUGCCAUCUCCCUCAUAUAAUAUUGUUUUAUUUCAAAAGGUAAUGUUAUAUUAUCAUCCAAAUUUUAGAAUUUUGACUAUGCUUGUUCUCAAAGAGACGCUCAGGCUCUUUGGGAGUGCACGGCUUGGAACCGCUCGGAUCUGCCGGCGAAGCUUCUCGGAUGACGAACAGCCAGUGAACCACCAUGUUUACAAAUGGCGAAAACCGCUUGGACAGUACACCGGCAUCAAUAUCUACAACCAUGCAAUGCGGCAGAAGGUACCGCUGGUACUGCGCAACCCGCAGAUGGUCACUUGGUACACCUGCGGUCCAACGGUCUACGAUUCCGCUCACCUGGGCCAUGCCAGCACCUAUGUCAAGGUGGAUAUUCUGCAACGGAUUCUGCGGGAUCACUUUAAGAUCAAUCUAGUGACGGCUAUGAAUAUCACGGACGUGGACGACAAGAUAAUCAACCGAGCACGUCUGUCGGGCAUCGACUGGCUCAAAAUGGCACGCGCCUAUGAGACCGAGUUCAGGCAGGACAUGCUCCGCCUCAACGUCCAGCCGGCGGAUGUGCGCUGUCAUGUGACCACCACAAUGCCGAGCAUUUUGCAGUUUAUCCAGGAUCUAAUACAAGACGAGAUGGCCUACGUUACGUCGGACAAGUCAGUAUACUUUGAUGUGUCCAAGAGCCAACACUAUGGCAAGCUGCAGAGACUGGGACAGAGCGAGGAAGAGAAGUCGGAUCCUGCAAAGAAAAAUAGCUCCGACUUUGCCCUGUGGAAGUCGCGCCAGGCGUCAAGCAACGAGCCAACAUGGAAGGCUCCUUGGGGCGGGGAGGGGCGUCCCGGCUGGCACAUUGAGUGCAGCGCCAUUGCUGGACUCUUUUUUGGUAGCCAGUUGGACUUCCAUGCCGGCGGCCUGGACUUGCGCUUUCCGCAUCACGAGAACGAGGAGGCACAAUGCUGUGCCCGCUACAAAACGGAACAGUGGGUCAACUAUUGGCUUCACACUGGCCAGCUGAGCAUGGUCGGAGACAAGAACAAGAUGUCCAAGUCGCUGGGCAACACCAUCUCAGUUAGUGAGAUGCUCAAGGACUAUUCCGCCGACGAGUUUCGCAUGGCCUGCCUGCUGUCAAACUACAGAAAUGCCAUGCCCUACAGUGAGCAGUUAAUGCUGACGGCCCGCCAGACGCUGCAACGCUUUAAGAACUUCCAGGCGGAUCUCAGCGCCUACACGCAAUUCCUCAAGCCAAUUCAUCUGCUGGACGAAGGUGCACUGAAGGCUCAACUGGCCCACACAAUUAACGAAUUCGACAGCAGCCUGCGGGAUGACUUCGAUACGGCGCGAGCAAUCAGCAUUCUGAUGGACCAGAUGAGCAGCAUCAGCCGCUGCAUCAACGAGCAGCAGGUGAACGCUGAGAAGGAGCCGGCCUUCUGCAUGGAUCUUCUUAUGGCGGCUGGAAACUUCAUCAACCGCGCCAUGGUUACGUUUGGAGUCUCUGAGCUGAUUCAAAGCGAACCCCUUCAGCAGAUCUCAACCCAGACGCACGGCAUUGAUCCAUCUGUGUUGGUGGAUGAUGUCUUAACUGUCCGAGGAAGAAUGCGGGAAAAAGCCACCUCUGGGGAAGUCAAGAACUCUCAGUUACUGGCUGCUUGUGAUGAGCUGAGAAAUCUGCUGCAACAGCACGGCAUCCAAGUGCGGGACCACAAGCAGGGCAGCUCCUGGGUGUUUGCCGUGUCCUGUACCGCGCCUGAUGAUAAGAGCAAGAGCUCUGCUGAAUAAAAGCAAUGUUAUUUUUUGUCACUUUAUUACAUAAA